UAUCCACCACCUCAGAGUGGGGACAUUUCAAUGGCACCCAUAGUCCAGAAUCCUAUUAACCUCCUGGCACUGCCUCCAGCUCCAAGCCAGGAACAGAAAGAGAAUAAGAAUGUGGAGAAUAUUAAAACCAAGCUUUCCAAGCACGGGAAUGGGUACCAGAUCCCAACAGAAAACGAGGCUCCUCCACUGCUCCCUUUAGAAGUGCCUGACAUUCCACAGGUGCUGGCCUGCAUUGGUCCCCUUGGCCAAGAGGAGCAGCCUGGUUGUGACAACUCUGGUUUGGGAAAGAAUAGCCUGAGUCUUAAGGACCAAGGGACACUUGAAAAUGGGACUGAAUCUAAUGACAGUUUUGCAGACAUCGACACACUGGUGAAGGGUAUUCACCUUCCACAGGUCUUAAGUUCCUUGGAUGACCUUGAUCAGGCCCAAGGACCCAAGGUGAUCAAAACCAAAGACACCAGGGGCCUCAAGUUGCACGAAGUGCAGAAAGAGUCAAGUGUCGGAAAGACUCACUCUGAUCAAGGCAGCAAGAUCAAACAUAAAGCCUGUGAGCCAAUGAGUGAUGCUCCCAAGACCAAGAUCAAGCCCGAGAGCCCAGAUUGUGUGUUUGUGGGAGAAGUGGCUCCUUGCAAUGCUGCAGCUGGUGGCAGGGCUCCUUCGAAGAUGGCCAAGCAUUCUAACAGCAAACCUCAGGGAGCUGCAGCCAGCAGGACCAGCAAUACUAAGAGCGAUGGGCAGAAAAACACCAAAAGAAACAAAGAAAAUUCCUCCAAGAGAGCUGAGGAGAGGAAGCAGUCAGGCAACAAAGUCAAGGCAGAGGAGAAGCCAGCCAUUCCCAAGGUGAAGAGGAAGAAAAGUCAUCCUGAGCUGCCACAAGAGGCCAUCAAAAAGCCUCGCAGCGGCCUCGGUGUGCACAUGCUGGAGUCUGUGCAGGUUUUCCAUGCACUGGGCAAGAAGAGGGAUGAGAAAGCUGACCUGUUUUCCUCGCGGGCCCUGGGAAACUCAAGCAACCCUAAAGGCCCCCAGCCACGCCCAGCUACCAAACCAUGGCUGGUUAUGCCCCCUGAGGGCAAAGGUCCUGUGAAAACUCAAGUCAAAUCCCAAAAACCACAUGGAAGUGCUGGCAAAGGGUCUCCACCUCCAUCCCAGGACAAGCUGCCUUCUCCCGGGAAGGUCAAGUUGGUGCCAUUGGUUUUUCCAACCUGGGAAAAGCCUCAAGUUCGACCUGUUCCUCGCAGGCCACAGUCUCUGGCAUCACGUAGGCCUGCUGGGACCAACCCUGCCAAGCCUGCUGCAGUCACUGCAUCCCUGCCAACUCCUGUAUCUUUGACAGGGCCUGUCAAAUCAGCUCAGCCAAUAUCGUCCAACUCAGCUGGACCAGGUUUGACCAACCGUGACUGCCCUAGUGUCCCGCAGCCUCCUGCUUCUAGGCCUGGGCCCUACAAAACAUCAUCUUGUGCUUCUUUCCAGCGGGAGCCUGUUCACUCGGCUGUGAGCCAGCCCCGCACCCCGCUCAAGCCUCACAACCACUAUCUACUCCAAGAUUUUGCCCUUCAACCAAUUCCAUGGAGGAUACCUGAGGUCCUGGGGCCAGUAAUGUCAACACCCAUCACAAAGGAGCAGAGGCCAGAUCGAGAGGCCAUGAAGAGGAAGGCUCAACUAGAGCGUGAGAAUGCUGCCAAAUUGGGGACAAGGCAGCAUUUCAUUGAGAGGGAAAAAGAAAUGGACAUUUCUCUCUACUAUGGCUAUGUGAUGUAG